ACAGACGGAGUUGCUCAAUCAGCGCUCCAAAGGGACUCCGCAAAAACAAAAAAACAGAGGAAGAGAAAGAAGAGGAAGCAGAACACCCUCAGCAGCUCCUCCAGCUCUCACAUCCAAACCGUCACUGCAAGUGGAUUUUAUUUGCAUCUCAAAAAUCUUUGUGUUGCUUUUUUUUUCUCCCGCGUGUUCUGAUUUUUGCUUUUGGAGCUUUUUUAAAUUUUUUUUAGUUUUUUCUAGACUUGUGAAGGAAGACAUGCAUCGGUGCACAGCGGUGCUGCUCCUGUUAGUGGUGGCCUUGUACGUCCUGAACACAGAAGCCUACAAGUGCAGGUGCACCAGAAAAGGACCAAAGAUCCGUUACAAGGAUGUGCAGAAGCUGGAGAUCAAACCCAAACAUCCGUUCUGCCAUGAGAAGAUGAUAUUUGUGACGAUGGAGAACGUGGCUCGGUUCAAAGGGCAGGAGUAUUGUCUGCAUCCCAAACUUCAGAGCACCAAGAAUCUGGUCAAAUGGUUCCGCAUCUGGAAGGACAAGCACAGGGUUUACGAAGCUUAAAAACCUCCCCACGUGUGGAUCAAGUGAGACAACAACAACAACAACAACAACAAAAAAGAAAGUAAAAAAGACGACAAUACCACCAGGACUGUUUUUUUUCGCAAAGCACAGGACGUGAUCUGCAAUCAACCUGUACUUCUUCCCUCUUCUGCCUGUGAUCUGUCGAGCAUCUUUAGUCUGUGUAUAUAUAUAUAUAUAUAUAUAUAUAAAUACACAGUGUGGGUGUUUCAGGUCUUUCACUACUCUGUUUUCACGAUGACAGUUAAGAUAUUUGUACAAUGCCCACAUUUAGGAGCUGGUCACCCGCGUUCAACGGGUUGUAGUCAAAAUGUAGCGAUAAAGCUCCUCAAUAAAUAUGAUUAUCUUGGUAAAGGGGCAGUCGGUGUGGUUACAUUUAAUACGGAGGUUGCUAUUCAGUCAGAUAGGGGAGCUCUACCACUGAGUCUGUCUACCAUGUCCAUGUCAUGUGUGUCAAACAAAACCUACUCUGCAGCAUCUAUCUUGUAAAAUAUGAUCUAAUUAACCGGCAGAGUCUAGUUUCAAUAGAUAAUAAAGAAUACAAAUAGUUAUUUUGUGCCGUCCUAUACAGUGGAUUUUAAACCAUUGGAGUUCAUUAAAAAAAACGUGAUCAUUAAAUACACUAAGAAAGCAAUAAAGGACUAUCUUUUAUGUACUUUCACUGGUUGUAAAGUUAUUUUUAGUUCCAUCUUGAAAUAAAUGUGUAAUAAAGCAAUAUCUCAUACAAACUGCCGACGUGGCCGCUGUAUUGAGCUACGUGUUAUAGCAUUCUGAAGCGAUGAGGCUGGUGAUAUUCUGGUAUUGUGUUAAUGUAGACAUAUAUCCCAUGGAAAUAUUCAAAAUCAACAUGUCUGCGUGCCCAUUUGUUCCUAUUGAAGACAUACAUUUAUUAAAACUAAUCAGGAAUAAAUGCUUUCAUUAAAAAAAACGCAACAAAAAAUAGCUAGAUAACUUUCUAUAACAGUUUUUAGAAAACGUCACUCAAACGGGUGUAGGUGGUGUAUUUAUUGGGGACUAUUUUCAGCUGUGUAUGAAUACACGUGGGGUGCUCCAACAACAGUGGCAACAGAUGGUGCAGCGGUGAGGCUCUUUGAUGUGUUUUUUUGGACAAGUUUGGAGAAAUGAGCUCAAUCAGGCCUUGGAUACAAACAAUACUUGUGAGUAGGAUGGAUUCAUUGUUGUUUUUAUUGUUUAUUUCAUCAUGGGAUUUAAUGAGAAUAACAAAAAGUACGGAAUAUUAUCAUACUUAUCAUUUAAAAUGGGCUCUGAACUGUCAUAAUUUUAAGGUGAUGAUGCUCUUUCAUGAUCUUAUCUCUCCUCCUGUAGAUCUCUUGAACAAUAACUGUCUUAUUAUUCUGUACGCUGUGGAUACACUUGGCAAUAAUGACUGUUGGGUUUUUGUUUUGUUGCCACCAAACAAUUCACACAACUAUUUCUGCAUAUACACAAAAAACAUUACAUUUCCUUUACCUUUUUGAAGAAUGUGCAUUGCCCUUGUUUUAUAUCGUAUAUAUCAAUAUAUAUUAAAAAGUAAUUUUGUAAAUGGACCAGUAUAUAGCCUAUAUGUUAGUGAGAAUGAAUUCACCUUAAGACUUUAUAGCAUUGUGUAUAUUGUAUUACUGCAUUAUAGUUGUUUUUUUGCUAUUUAAAUCUUGUUUUGGUCACAUAUUUUGGAGGGUUUGGACCGGCCCACCAAACACAGUCAAACUUUCCAUUGAGUGUAAAAACAAUAAACACGGCAAUAAAGUGUCUAUAGAGCA